AUGCCAUUUCUCAAGCUUCGAGAUGGAGCUGAGCUUUUUUACAAGGACUGGGGCGACCCGAAUCGCCCCAUCGUCACUUUCUCACAUGGCUGGCCCUUGAGCAGCGACAAUUGGGAAAACCAAAUGGUGUUUUUGGCUGAUCGGGGCUAUCGCGUCAUCGCACAUGAUCGCCGUGGCCAUGGGCGAUCAACCCAGACCUGGGAUGGAAACAACAUGGACAACUUUGUCGACGACCUCGAAGAGCUAUUCGCCUCUCUCAAGGUAAAGGACGCGGUGAUGAUCGGACACUCACACGGCGGUGGAGAAGUCACCCAUUACCUUGGAAAGCACGGCACAGGUCGCUUCAAGAAAGCUGUUCUUGUCGGCGGUGUACCUCCUCUCAUGCUGAAAACCAGUAACAAUGCCGAAGGAACAGAUAAAUCGGUUUUUGAUUCUUUCCGCCAGGCUAUGCUCCAGGACCGCGCGCAAUUUUUCCUGGAUGUUGCCAGCGGACCAUUCUUCGGAUUCAACCGACCUGGAGCGAAGAAAAGUGAGGGGCAGAUUCGCAGCUGGUGGCAGCAAGGAAUGAACACCAGUUUCAAGUCUGCUUAUGACUCAAUUAAAGACUUCUCGGAAACCGAUUUCACAGAAGACCUCAAGAAGAUCAAUAUCCCAGUACUCGUUCUCCACGGCGAUGAUGAUCAGGUUGUACCGAUUGAGGCAGCUGGACUUAAAUCGGCAAAGCUUUUGCCACAGGGAAAACUGAAGAUCUACAAGGGCGGCUCUCACGGGAUUCACAACAUUAAUAUUGAUGAUGUCAACAAAGAUCUUUUGGAAUUUAUCAAGUCGUAA